GCGACGGUCCGCCUGGCGCGUGCCAUAUCCGGGUUGGUAGUUCUGUCAUGGCCGACGACGGGCGGUGGGUCGAGCAUCACAGCUCUGGAUACCGCUGAGAGAAAGAGAGAAGCGUGGAAGGUCGAGGCGGAGGGGCCCGGUGGGGCUUCCAGCAGAGGAAAAAAUGAGUUGGUUCAACGCUUCGCAGCUCUCGACCUUCGCCAAGCAGGCUCUGUCGCAGGCGCAGAAGUCCAUCGACCGAGUGCUGGAUAUCCAAGGCGAGGAGGAAGAAGAGGGCGAGGGAGGUCCUGGUGGAGCUGCCCCGUCCCGUGUAGGAGAGGCAGGAAAAGGUUCUCUAACAAGUGGAAGAUGGGAUACUUCUACUUGGGGGACCAAUACAAAUGUAGAAACCCAAAGUCAGCCAAUAUCAUCUCCUGCAGCCAUUACCAAACCAGUUCAGAGAACUGUGGUAGAUGAAUCAGAAUCUUUCUUUAGUGCCUUUCUCCCACCAACCGGUGUCCAGAGCAUACAGCAAAGCCCAGUGGUAUCUAAGCCACCUGCCAAAUUGCAGCAUCCCAAAGAAGAAAUUAAAAGCACACUGCAGGAACCCCUGCAUAUUGACCUUCCAGGAACAGAAACAAAAGACUUUUCUGUAGAAUUGAAGAGCUUUAACGAUGAUCAGGAAAACUUACAGGAAAACAAUUCAGAACAAUUCAAUCUCACCAUCAGCCAUGAUGGAAACAAUAGUAUAAGCACUGGUCAAGAAGCAUCUUCUAAGAUUGUCACAGUAGCAGAAUCCAUUUGUGUUGUGAAGUCAGAUUCAAGGAGUGAUAGUUCUGGGCAUGAGACUGAUCUCUCUCCACAAGUUCUGUCAGCAGACACAAAAAAUUCAAGUUUGGACACUAAAGAGCGAAAAAGCGAAGACAGGCAAAGCAAUACCCCUUCACCUCCAAUUAGCACUUUCUCCUCAGGGACAUCUACAACUAGUGAUAUUGAGGUUUUGGACCAUGAAAGUGUUAUAAGUGAGAGCUCGGCUAGUUCAAGGCAAGAAGGAGCUGAUUCAAAAGCCAGUCUCCAUCUGAUGCAAACCUCCUUUCAGCUUUUGACGGCAUCUGCUUGCACAGAAUACAAUCGCCUAGAAGACUUUAAUAAAUUGACAGAGAGUUGCUGUUCCUCUGAUGCUUUUGAAAGAAUAGACUCCUUUAGUGUACAGUCUUUAGACAGUCGAAGCAUAAGUGAAAUAAACUCGGAUGAUGAAUUAUCAGGUCGGGGUGUUUCAACUUCCAUCGCUGUCAACUCUCCGACUCCAAAGAGUGAUGAGCCUGAACCUAUGAAAAAUAUGUCUGAUGAAAUCCUAACUGAAAAUCUUGUUGUUCCUAUGGAAGAAAUGGAAAUGGAAGAGAGUGGGCGAAGUGCAACCCCUGUUAAUUCUGAACAGCCUGAUGACUUGGUUAUUUCAGUGCAGCCUGAUGAAGAGCAAAGUCAGAUAGAAGGGAAAGUGGUACUUCAGCUCUCAAAUGAAAAAUUGUCUACUGUGCAAGGUGAAAAGCAAGAGCUUUGCAAGAUUAUUGAUUCACUGACAGAAAAACUAGAGGUGAGGGAAACACGUCUACUAAGCGUUAGUAAAGAAAAGGCACACUUAGAAGAAAGCUGUGAUAACCUUAAAGAUGAAAUCGUCAAAAUGAAAGAAGAAAAUAGUAGCAUUUCAUCUCUUAAGGAGGAAUUUGCUCAACGAAUAGCAGACGCAGAAAAAAAAGUUCAGCUAGCAUGCAAAGAAAGAGAUACAGCUAAAAAGGAAAUAAAGGUUCUCAAAGAAGAUCUAGCAACUAGAUUGAACAGCAAUGAAACAGCAGAAUUACUAAAGGAGAAAGAUGAACAAAUUAAAGGAUUACUAGAAGAAGGAGAAAAACUUUCAAAGCAGCAGUUACAAAAUUCUAACAUUAUUAAGAAAUUAAGAGCCAAGGAGAAAGAAAGAGAAAAUACCAAUACAAAGCAGAAUAAGAAAAUUAAGGAAUUAGAAGACGAGUUGCAACAUCUGAAACAGAUAUUGGAUGGCAAAGAAGAAAUUGAAAAGCAACAUAGAGAGAACAUCAAGCAGCUAAAUAGCAUUGUUGAAUGCCAAGUGAAGGAUCUUAGACGACUUCAAGUAGAUCUUGAAGAUCUUGAAGAAAAAAACAGAAGUGCACAGGCAGCUCUUGAUAAUGCAUACAAAGAACUUGCAGAUCUGCAUAAAACUAAUGCUGCAAAAGACUGUGAAGCACAAGAAGCAGCAUUAAGUCAUGAAAUUAAAGUUAAGGAGGAACUAGGUUUAAUUCUGGAAAAGGCCCAGGAGGAGGCUUAUCAACAACAAGAAGCUUUAGCAAUUCAGGUAACAGACUUGAGAAUUGCAUUGCAACGUGCAGAACAACAAGCAGCUAGAAAGGAGGAUUAUUUACGCCAGGAAAUUAGUGACCUUCAGCAGAGACUUCAAGAAGCUGAGACUCGCAAUCAAGAACUCAGUCAAAGUGUUACAUCUGCAACUAGGCCUUUGCUCCGGCAGAUAGAAAACCUGCAAGCUACUCUGGGAGCACAGACCUUGUCAUGGGAAAAACUAGAGAAAAAUCUUUCUGAGAGACUUGGGGAAUCUCAAGCUGCCUUAGCAGCACAGACUGAAAGAGAACGUGCUGCUACAGAAGAACUUCUUUCCAACAAGAUCCAACUUUCUUCCACUGAAUCACAAAAUAGUCUCCUGAGGCAAGAAAACAGUCGCCUUCAAGCUCAACUCGAAGCAGAAAAAUCCAGGCUAAAGAAACUAGAAAAUGAAAACAAUAGGUAUGAAGUUGAGCUAGAAAAUCUUAAAGAAGAAUAUGUAAAAGUUGUUGAAGGGGCAAAGAAAGAAAAGAUGUUGUUAUCUACUCAGCUAGAAAUGGAAAAAAUGAAAGUUGAACAAGAAAAAAAGAAAACAAUAUUUGUCCAAGAAUCUGCAAGAGAAAAGGAGCGUAAAUUAUACAUUUCAUCAACAAUGGAAACUUUGUCCAGCACCCCAACUCUCUCACGAUCAAGCUCCAUAAGUGGAGUUGAUAUGGCAGGACUCCAAACCUCCUUCAUAUGUCAGGAUGACCAGUAUGACCAUUCCUUUGGUUCAGUGUCUGCAAGUGGGACCAAUCUGUAUGACGUAAUGAGAAUGGGAGCAGGUUCAAGUAUUAUAGAAAAUCUUCAGUCACAAUUAAAGUUACGGGAUGGAGAGAUUUCUCAUCUCCAGUUGGAAAUUGGAAAUCUUGAAAGAACUCGAUCAGUUAUGGCUGAAGAACUGGUGAAAUUAACAAAUCAAAAUGAUGACUUAGAAGAAAAAAUUAAGGAGAUCCCCAAGUUACGUGCACAAUUAAGGGAUUUGGAUCAAAGAUACAAUACCAUUCUGCAGAUGUAUGGAGAGAAAGCAGAAGCAGCAGAAGAAUUGAGAUUGGACCUUGAGGAUGUAAAAAAUAUGUACAAGACUCAGAUUGAUGAACUUCUGAAGCAAAGGCAUAGCUAAUUAUUGUUCAGGUUUUGAUCUAAAAACAAUGUUGCAUUAAAUUGUAGAGCUGUUUCUGUAAAUGUAGUUAAUUUGUAAAAAAAAUGUACUAUAAAGUGAUUAUAAUGUUGAGUUGAUGUGAUGGCAGGAAUCAUUGUGCUUUUAUGAUGACUGGCUAUCAGCCAUUAAAUUAUUUGUUAAUAUUUAAAAUCUUUUAUCUCCAGCUUACUCUCUUGUCUAUCAUAGUAUGCAUAUUUACUUGUACAGUAAUAACUUUAAUUGUGAAAACAUAUGAUUGAAACUCUCACAUUGAUGGUGUUGUACUGUGUCCUUAUGCCAGUAAAAGGGAUACUGCUGGCAAUUGGGAUUCUCUUAGCUCUGCAGUGCUUGCAUUGAUUCCAGGUCUGCUCCUGAGAGGUUGGGAAUCUCUGGGGAAAAAAUACAAAAAUUUGAAAAGAAGAAAGCAAGGAAAAGUUCUAUUGUGCAAAAUAUAUUAAUAUGGCAUUGCUAUUCAAAUAUAUAUAUAUGAAAAUUUGCACUGAUACAAAUUUACUUCUUCAUACUUAUCUAUUCCUAUCUAAAUGGAUAUUUAAAGGAGAUAUUGUGGGUACUUUUAACUAUAUUAAUAGCAAUGACUUGAUUUGCUAUAGGCAAUAAAAAAGGUGGGAUGUCUUUAUACCCUUGGUAUCCUGCUCAUGUAAUUUACUAUACUGCCUCUUUAAAACAAGCAACACAGAGCAACUUACAUUUUAAAAGCAACCAGAUACCCUCUACUUGAUACAAUGUGCUAUAUUUUAAAAUGUUUUUCUGUCUUUCAGCAUAAUAUAGAGAAAGAUAACAACAUUUAUUAGUUUAAAGAAUUCUAAAAGGCAAUGCAGGCAUAUGUUUGUAAGAAAGUUCACACUCAAAUAGUUCCUAAUUCAAUGUGUGUCAAUGCUCUAAUAUUUCAAAAGCCAGUAAACCUAUUCCAAAUGUUUCAAAUGACAUGCAAUGGUUUGAAAACUACUCUUUAAGAAAAUAUUUGUCAGAAUAUAAAUGAGUAAUGGUAUUGUACUUGAAAUUGUUUUCUAGUUCUUUAAGUGAAGCAGAAGAAUCAACAAUAUCAGACUCUUAAUAUUCAUACGGUUUUUGGAAUAUUACUGUUGUCACCUUAUUGUGGGUCAUUAUUUUUACAUGGUUAUAAGAAACAUUUUUAGAAAAUUAAUUUUAUUCUACUGAGAUAUUUGACUUGAUUCAUCUUUUAAGGUUUUUAAAAUAUAUUCCUAAAAAAAUGAAAAAUUAUUUGAUAUAUUUACCAAAAAUUUACCUGUUGACAAACAGAUAAAGACCACUCUCUGAAAAUAUGGAGAAGUAACUUGCCAUACUUCUUAGCUGGUUAACAGAGAAUUAUCUUAUGUUAGUAAGAUUUACUUUCCCUGGGUUAAUAAUUCUCCACAAAGGUUUUACUUAGCUUAAAGUAGAAACUUGGUAACUAACUUAUAUGAAUCAUACUUGGAAGAAACAUAUAAUAAUAAUCUCCUGCAACUGAAUUGUUUCUGAAUAGUUGUAGAAAGUGUUGUAUUAUGGACUCCUGCUACACUGAGAAAAAUAAUUUUUUAUACUAUAUGCAAAAAGUUGUAGCACAGAUAUUGAGGAUUCCCCAUUUUUUAGUUGCUCUAUUUAAGGUUUUUAAAUUUAGGAAUAAUUUAGUUAAGGAAUUGCCCAUCUAUAUUUUGAAAUAUUUCAUUUUCAGGAAGUAAAUUAAAUUUAUAUUUUAUAGUAUGCAUACAUUUUCCUGAUUCUGAUAUUGAACUGCAGUACACUCUAAUGAGAAAAUCUAUUGACUCAAAAAUAACUUUUGUUAGCAAUUCAGUAAUUCUGAAAUAAAAAUGAGCAAUGGUUGCUGAUGGUUUCCCUUUAUAUGUGACUAAUC